CUUGCAGGUAGCACGACUAGCCGUGUGGCAGCUGAAUUUGAAAUUCAAGUCCAAGUCUUGAGCAUUGCGUUGAGGAAAGUGGUUAUUUGGAUACGAAAUCAAAUAUAGUCCAAAGCAAGCUUGGUUUCAAUUGUUUUUUUUUCAUCAUGGCUACCGAUCUGCCUGACCUAACGCUUUCUUAGGGCCUCGUGAAGUGUGUUUACUUUCUGAUGAGUGUGCCACAACCUUGCGUCUCGCCUUGACCGAUUGUGUCAUCACAACGAAUCAAAGGAAAUGUUUACAGUAAGUUCAGGUCAUUUACGUGGUUUAGGGACACUUAACUGCGAUCUUAAAAAUUAUAUCUCUGCCAUGCAUAGGAGUGCAUGCCUUGCGAAAGUUCGCCCUAUAGUAUUGACGUUGUGAAGCAGAACGUAACAGAGAUUGUUUUCAGGCUAUCUUACCGAAAUCUGCUUUACGUCAAACAGUAGCUGAAUUUCAUCUUUGAUACAGGCAAGCAAGCGGCCGACGUACUCUUAACACUGAAAACCGCUUAGCACCAUGUCUAUCAACGUUGCCAUGAAUUUCAUCAGUCGCUUAGCUUGGGGUGGAGUCUUAAUUAUAUUUUUAAAAUUUCAUAUUGUAUAUUAAAUUUAUUUUUUAUUUUUAUUGUUUUUACAUAUUUUUAAAAAAUUGUUGUCUGUAUUGUUAAUAGCGUUUUGUCUUAACAAGGGAAGUAAUUACUUUUAAACCGGAUAAGUUUCCUUAGUAGCCGCCCCUUCCACAAACCAAUUGUCAGGUUAAAAUAAAGUGUGAAUAUGUCAAACUUGCUGCUGGAGAUGAACCUAUUAAAAUCCCAGCCAGCCUUUUUGACUUCUAAGGCUAGACACAGAAUUUUUCUUAGUUUUCAGCUAUACAAUUCUUUAAACGUCUGACAUGUUCCCAUUUGUUAGAAAAUUUUAUAAAGUUGUAAAAAAAAACUACAAUUCUAUACAAUGCCAUGUUUGUAAUGGUGAAACAUUGUUGCUAUAUGUUGCAAUAUGUUGCUAUAUCUUGCUAUUUUUUGCUACAUUGUCUCAUUUAGAUGAUACCACUAGGUGCCUAUUAUCAAGACGAUAUCUCUAGGUGCCUAUUAUCAAGACGAUACCACUAUGUUGCCAAUUAUCAAGACGACACCACAAGUUUCCUCUUAUCAAAAUGACACCUAUAGAUGGCUGUAAUCAAGACUACAUAUGUAUGCACUUUUUAUCAAGAAGACUCUUCUAGAUGCCUCUGUUCAAAAAGACACCCCUAGAAUUCUUCUUAUCAUUGUGGACAAAAAAAUCCUAAAUAUAUCGAAAUGAAGAUGGGUUCAAUUGCUGUACUUUAUUAUAUGUCUGGACUUAUACUUAUGACAACACAAGCAGGUAACCAUUUUACUUAAAAUGAUAGUAUAACAUUUUAAUGGAAACAAUUUUUUUCCUUACAUUACGCUUUCUCAGGGUUCGAGAUGUAUAUAUAUAUACUUUCUGAUGAGUGUGUUACAGCAGCGAGUAUACUUUGGGUUUGCUACAGCACUGAAACCGUCUUGGGCGUGCUACAGCACUGAGUCCAUCUUGACUGUGCUACAGCACUGAGUCCACCUUGGGUGUGCUACAGCACUGAGUCCACCUUGGGUAUGCUACAGCACUGAGUCCACCUUGGGUGUGCUACAGCACUUGGUCCACCUUGGUUGUGCUACAGCACUGGGUCCGCCUUUGGUGUGCUACAGCAUUGGGUCCGCUUUGGGUGUGCUACAGCACUGGGUCCGCUUUGGGUGUGCUACAGCACUGGGUCCGCCUUGGGUGUGCUACAUCAUUGAGUCCUUCUUGGAUGGGCUACAGCAAUGAGUCCACCUUGGAGAAAUUAAUCUCUUAUUUAAGUAAAACAGUACACAACAAAACACGAUGCAAUAUGUUAAAUACAAUGACAAAAGAAUACGAUACUCAAAUCAGGGCUUAUUACAAUUAAUACAUUUUAUUAUGUUUCUUUUAAAUUACGAAAUGAAAAAGAAAUAAAAUUAGAGCUAUUGACUUACAGAGUAAUGAUUGGCUUGUACCGGCACAAUUUUAAAGGAGAUACACUGUUACAAAAAUGUACAAUGAUGAAAAGGAAUCUAAACAACAAACAGUAAAAAAAUCUCUGUCUCGUAUAGCAAAACAAUAGAACAUGCUUAAAAUAACUCACGUCCCCUCUGCCACUCAAUCUCUCGGCUUUGUAUAGCCUGUUUCAUAGAUACUUCUGGAAGAACUACGCAUUAUAAUCGCUUCUCAAUUUUUCAACAUAAUUCUUCAAAACUCUAAUAAUAAACAGACCAUUGAGUUUAGUUGGUAGUAACCGAGGUCAAAGGGAGACUAUAUAUUAGUAAGCCACGUCCUAAUAAUAGUGCAAACGAAUGGGGGUCAGCUUAUGUUCAUUGACCAGGAAAGAUGAAUGAAAGUAAACGGGAUGCCUAUAACAGGUGUGCUGCAGCACUGAGUCCGCCUUGGUUGUGCUAAGGCCAUAGCGUAAAGAUUUUUUACCCUCCCUCCGGAGUUAUUUUGACUAGAUGCCUUCUUAAGCAGACGAUACAAUUCAAUGAAAGACAGAUAUAUUUACAAUUUUAAAAAUAACUUUUCUAUUUGAGAAUAUAUAUAAUGUCCAUGUAGGUAAAUAUCGGUCAAUGUUUAGAAAAUAAGAUGCCAAAAUCAGGUGACUGGGAUAUCGACUUUAGAAAGGACCUUGAUAUUGAAUUAAACGAUAAAAGCCAUGUACUUGACAAUUUGAUUUUAUAUUAUCGGCUUCGCACACGUUGCUUCUUGUGGUGACGGGGCUGCUAAUAUUCUCUGUACUUGAUCACAAUUAAGGCCCGUGAACCUUUGCAAAAAAAUCCGUGAAAAUGCGUUUUUCUUUUAAUUCAAUGUCUUCCACAGCUAAGGUAAAUGUCACCUUCGUUCAGGACGAUGGGGGAAGCUUAAUGACUUGCGAUAUCUCCUUCCAAACGGGAGACAUCACACCAUACUCACUGCAAGUGUGUAAAUUCAGUAAUAUCUCACAGCGUGACGAACCCAUCGUUCUUCUCUCUGUUCUCAAAGAAAACGACAUAAAAAUUGACCCAGUACAGGUACGUAUUUUUAUACCUUUAUUAGCGAGUACCCGCCAUGUAAUUAAUCAGUAAUUACAGCCAGAGAUUGAAAUGUACACUUCAAAUACACAAGGAUAUAGCAUCCGUAUUAAUCACGAAGCGGCCACAUGUUACCAGGGAAAUGACUAAGAAAUUGCUUCACUAUCUCACAGUUGGUCUCGAUUCAAAUCGAGUGGUCAGACUGGGCCUCCCUGAGAUAAGACACAAGUAUUGGUUAAAUUUUCAACUUUACUUGUAUAAAAUAGGAUGAAAUUUGUUUAAAAUAUUUCCAUUUAAAUUUUCACUACUCACUUUAGUACAGCAAGGGGAUCAGCUUGCAGCCCUACUGAUACUUUCAUAUGUAUAUGGUGAUUUUGAUCAUGUCAUAUAUUUCCGUUACCAUGUAAAUGCAGUAAUAUCCACAGGUGUGCUACCAGUCAAGCCACAACCGGUUCAGUCAGUACUAAUCGGUUAUAGAAAAAAUGUCUAUGUAUUUUGUAUACUUCUAGAUAAUUUUGACAUUUUUAACAACCGGUUGUGCCAGACGGGCUUCAGCACACAGCUAGUAAGAUGAGUUUUAGGUAAUAUAAAAUGAGCCUGCAUUGAUUUCUUUAGUUUUAUGUAAAAUGGGUCUAGAUUUAUUUCUUUAAUUUUAAACAUAAUGGGUCAGGAUUGCAAGGGGUGUAGAGGGGGGGGGGGGGGGGGGGGGGGGGGGGGGGGGGGGGUCCAACCCGGGCAACACUUUUUUCUAUGUUUAGGGGACCUCAUUUUUUGACCAAUUAUAUGGCAAAAAUCUGGGCCCGCCCCCCCAACCCCCCCCCCCGUUCGGCAAUAACCUUAGCUACGCCACUGUUGGUAUUGUUUCUUUAGUUUUAUGGGUAGGGAUUAAAUUUAUUAUGAGAGGGUAGUCUCCUCUUCCUUUGAUUUUAGUCUCCCGUUUUUCUAAGAUUGUUGUAUCCCUUUCUAUAGGGGGGCGUAGCUUUUCUAUAGAGGGGCGUAGCUUUUCUAUAGGGGCGUGGCUUUUCUUUAUUUAUUUUAUCAAGUUCACCACGGUGUGUUAUUUAAAGUCUGUUGGUGAGUCCUUGGGAUUUCUGUCAUUCCUGUGCAAAAUCCAAACCCAAAAGGCUAGUGGUUGUGUUACCUUCUUAUACUCUAGCACUUCCUUAACGAGCUCUGACUAAAAUACCUACACGCUGCUCGUAUUCGCACACAGCCACCAAUCAUUGAACACAAUGAACACAAUGAGCCAUACGAAAAAAAAAAUGUAAGGUCAUAUAAUUUCAAACCUGCACGGACAGUCCCUUCGAACGUUUAAGAAAGGUCAUUCUUAGAGUAGGUUUUUGUUCCAUUUUUUAAGCGAUGACAUAUAUAGGAAUUUAAGAAUUUGCAAGAAUUACCCUGAGGUAAUUGAGAUGAAUUUUGCAGGGAGAAUGUUUCAAUGCAAGCGAUUCAUAUCACUGAUUAUCCAGGUGUCGUCAAAUUAUUGCUUGGGUCCUUGAUUCGUCCCACUGGCAGCUAACAAAGUACUUAGCUAGCGGUAAAAUACAAAUGACAUGGAACAAGACAUUGAUAAUCUCAUUAACCUCACUUCCCCUAUAAACACUAAAAAUAAAUAAGAGAUGUGCACUUUGAAUAGAAAUUAAUAAAUAAAUAAAAAUAAAUAAGAUAUAUGAACUGUGAAUAGAAAUAAUAUAUAUAUAUAUACUGUGCAUAGAAAAAAGAUGUGUGCACUGUGCAUAGAAAUAAGAUAUGUGCACUCUGCAUAGAAAUAAGAUAUUUGCACUGUGCAUAGAAAUAAGAUGUGUGCACUGUGAAUAGAAAUAAGAUAUGUGCACUGUGCAUAGAAAUAAGAUAUGUGCACAGUGCAUAAUAUUCAUUCUUACUAAUAGUCCGUCCCCGAUAGUCUCUGAGGACACUGAUCCGGUUCCUUGGUUGAAAAAUUAAAGGACUUGGUGAUUGAGCAAAAAUAUCUGCUUUAUUAUCAUGUUAGUAUCUGAUAUCUGUUAAUUUUUCACAAAAUGAAUAUUUUGUGAGUCUUUACAUAAAAUGUACACAGUUACUGUUGUGGUUAUUUAAAAUCCAUAUGUAGCCAUCAAACAAUUAUUGUAGCAUGCUGCAGUAGCCAUCAAACAAUUAUUGUAGCAUGCUGCAAUAGCCAUCGAACAAUUAUUGUAGCAUGCUGCAAUAGCCAUCGAACAAUUAUUGUAGCAUGCUGCAGUAGCCAUCAAACAAUUAUUGUAGCAUGCUGCAAUAGCCAUCAAACAAUUAUUGUAGCAUGCUGCAAUAGCCAUCAAACAAUUAUUGUAACAUGCUGAAGUAGCCAUGAAACAAUUAUUGUAGCAUGCUGCAGUAGCCAUCAAACAAUUAAGUGUAGCAUGAUGCAAUAGCCAUCAAACAAUUAUUGUAUCAUGCUGAAGUAGCCAUCAAACAAUUAUUGUAGCAUGCUGCAGUAGCCAUCAAACAAUUAAGUGUAGCAUGAUGCAAUAGCCAUCAAACAAUUAAGUGUAGCAUGCUGCAGUAGCCAUCACACAAUUAUUGUAGCAUGCUGCAGUAGCCAUAAAAUAAUUAUUGUAGCAUGCUGCAGUAGCCAUCAAACAAUUAUUGUAGCAUACUGCAGUAGCCAUCAAACAAUUAAGUGUAGCAUGCUGCAGUAGCCAUUAAAUAAUUAAGUGUAGCAUGCUGCAGUAGCCAUCAAACAAUUAAGUGUAGUUGCUGCACGUAAAUCAACUACCCUCAGAAUCAUUGCAAAACAACAAAUGUAUCUAACUCUUAUUUUUCAAAUACCGUCAUUCCAAACAACAAUGCUGUAAGAUUGAUUUGAAACAUCCAUUUUUAAAUUUAAAAAAAAAUAAUAAUUCAGUCCAAUUUAAUUAUAACAGCAGCGCCCUUCUAAAUUAGCUGACUUUCUCAGUGGUCAUUCCCAUCCACUUUGAGAACCUAUGGAAUAGAACAAACAAAAAUCCCCAAAAAUAUUAUUUUGAAAAUGUACUUUUGAAGGGACAAUUAUUUUCAGGAUUCGUAUCGAGACUUUCAAUCUUACCACAACAUCUGGCCAUCCAAG